CCCCAAACUAUAAGUACCUCCGUUUUUUUUUUAUUUUUUACUUUUUUUUUUAUUUUUAUUUUAUUUUCUUUUAAAAUUAAUGAAAUAAUGUUGUCAGGAGUAGUGUCAAAUGUAUUAAUCUAUGUUGUAUUAGCAAUAUUCUUAGGAAUUGGAAUUUACGCAGGAUAUAAGAAAACAAAAAAUAAAUCUGAUUAUCUUUCCUCAUUGGGUACUCAAAAUGCAGUCGCUCUAGGUUCUAAUUGGUUUGCUUCAAGUAUCGGUUCAUCUAUAUUAUAUUCUUUUCCCGAAGUUGGUACCAUAGCAGGAUUAUUAGGCGUAAUUAUGUAUGCUUUUGGAAGUAUUAUACCUUUAUUUGUAUUUGCAUGGCUUGGACCUUUGAUUAGGAAAAAAUGUCCCGAAGGAUUUACUUUGACCCAAUUUGUUCUGGAAAGAUUUGGACGCUUUAAUCAAAUUUAUGUUUCUUUAAUGUCAAUUGCUUAUAUGUUUUGCUUUAUGAUAAGCGAGUUAUCAGCUGUUGGCAAUAUUUUGGUGACAUUGACGGGUGUAGAUAAACUUGCUCCAGUUAUUUGCAUCGCAAUAGUUACAACUCUUUACACUGGAUAUGGAGGUUUACGUGCAUCCUUGAUUACGGAUAAUAUUCAAGGAUGGGCUAUUAUUUUACUUGUUGUGUUGUCUAUAAUUGGAUUGGCAACUUCAAUAAGAAUUGAGAAAUCAGUUAUUGAUAAUUCCGACCUCUUGAAAUCAAAUUCUUUAGGAUGGCAACUACUUUACAUCAUGCCCGUUGCAGUCUCAUUCGCGACACUUUUCCACGAGGGUUUCUGGCAACGCGCAUUUUCAUCAAAGAAUGAUCGUGAAUUGCGUCUUUCCGCAGUUUAUGGUUCAAUUAUGUUAUUUCCUGUUCUUGUAUUUCUCGGUCUCACCGGAAUGAUAGCUGUAUGGGCUGGAUUAUGGCCAGGAGAGGAAAAUUUAGAAUCAUAUUUAGCAUUUUUCACUUUAUUUAAAGUAUUACCAGAUUGGGUUAGCGGAAUUACUGUAGUGUUAGCCGUUAGUAUGAGUUGUGCUGCUUAUGAUACAUUAAUUAGUGCGACAACAGCUAACUUUUCAAAUGACAUAUUUAACAAUCGUCUUCCAUUGAAUGUUACUCGUUUUUUAUCACUUAUUGCUAAUGUUCCAGCUGUUUAUUGGGGAUUGAAAGAUUUAGACGUGUUGAGAGUUUUUCUUAUUGCAGAUCUAUUGGCAGCAUCCACAAUGCCUCCAAUAUUAUUAGGUUUAAUAGAUUCGCUAUACUUUCUCAACUGGAUCGACGUAUUAUUGGGAGGCAUAGGAGGUUUAUUCGGUGUCUUCAUCUUUGGUUCAAUUUUCUAUCAUAAUGCUAAAGACGGAAUUGAAUUAAUUGGUCUACCUUUAGGGCUUUAUAUUACUGAUUAUAGUGUAUUGGGAGCAUUUAUUGUUGCACCUUUAUCUUCAAUUUUCUUUACUUUCCUUUCUUUUGGUGUAAGAUUGAUUAGUAUGUGGGUAUUUACUAAAAUUAGGGGAGAAGAGUUUGUGUUUCCCAAGAAGCCUGAAGUUGUUGAUACUAAGAAAUAUGCUGGUAAUAAAUUUAAGGAUGAUACGGAAAUUAUUCAAUCUUCUGACCCUGAUGAAAUAGAAAUUAGAGGAUAAUUUAAUUUUCUUCGCGAAAAGUGUAUUUUAAUCAUCUAAAGAAUAUUUUAUGUAUUAUUAAUUUUAUUUAUUUAUUCAAUUAUUUAUUUUUAUGACUAUCGAAUAAAAUUAUCAAUCGAAUUAUUACAUCGUAAUUUCGAUUUAGCAAUAUACUGUACAAUUGACAAGUGAAAGCGCCACACAAGUAUCUACAUGAGUAUACGUAACUUUCCGCUAACGCUAAGUCGUUCCAUUAAAUGUUCUUUUCGUAAAAGAAAUAAAUUAUGAUGUAAGAU